UGGUCUCGGCACGGACUGACUCAAUGGAGGGGGGUUCGCUUGCAACGAUUCUCCUGGCCACACGAGAUAGGAUAGCAAACAGGUCCUUCCGGAUCCGGAAACCAUCCCGAUGACAGCCUCCUUCCCCCCGUUAGGACAACCCGCAAGCAGCACGGCUUGUCCUGAUGCCCAAGGAUCAAGCAGCAGAACCCCCCAUUGUAUCAGACACCGGAGACAUUACCCUCGCGCAUCACAUGCUAAUGAUAAUACCACGGAACGCACUACGCUCACUACCCAACUUCAUCUUCUCUCAGCCAUGCUACUUUUCAAAUUCAUACCCCUUGUCUGUCAACCAAUCAAGCAAUGAAUCAUACAGCUGUCACUUUGUGCCGAGGUUUUCUGGACUCCAGCAGCUGCUCUAUAUAUCUCGGGCGUUAAAGGGUGUUCUCAUAGGGAAUUCUGGUACUGGUGUUAAUUAUUUUAUUAUCUUUCCCCAUUGUACUCUUGUUCUCCUCUUCGUGCCCCUUGUACGCGCCUUGUCGGCGAAGGACGGAGCUACUAAAGCCGGGGAUUUCUUUUUUUCUUUUUCUUCUUCUUUUUUGGGGGGGGCUUGGGCGUGGAUCUACAUCCCUCGCGCAACUACUGCCCCUACUGCAACCGGGGAGUCUUGUGUCGUAAAGAAGGAGUCGAUUGCGGACUUUGUGCUUGUGUACUUUCAACUUGGGGGCGGCAGGCGCGUGGUGGGUGGGGGCCAAUGACAAACAUAUGCCUUUUUUUCUCCCGCUCUGUUUUCCGGCCAGAACAGAACGGUGGGUGGAUUGCUGUCAGCACGAAACAUGAAGAGAGAACAGACGUGCGAGAUGGCUGUUC